CAGGAAAAUGAUCCCUAUAACUUCCAUUUUGAUUUGGAUUUGAUGUCUUGGGACUCAGAUCUUUGGAAUAUCACAGGCCACAUUUAUGCAGAUGAAAGUGUGAAGACAGAACCCUUAUCACCAGCUUCUUCAAAUUGUUCGGUUCCUUCUCCGUCAUCUGUGGACUCUCCAGUGCAGAAUGUGCCUGAUGAUGGGGACUUCAGCUGUAGCUCCCAGAUGUCUCCUGUCUCCCUCUACAGCAAGAGCUGCAGAAGCCCUGCAUCCCCUGAAGGAGAAGGAGGGAAGAAGCCUGCUGUCAGCAUCACCUCCCGCUCUGCAAACAAUUCUGCAAGGACCCUGAAGAGGUGUAGUCAGAUGGGGUCCAGGCCUUCAGUACAACCCAAACCCCUCUUGCCUGCUGUCCCCGAGGCUCAGGCUAGCGUUGGCAUCCCCGCUAAAACCAUCAUUAUUCAGACUCUGCCCACACUUGUGCCACUGCCAAAGCGUCAACCAGUUGUUAACAUCCAGCCAGCACCCCCUAAAGGUCCAUCAGUGGUGCUCCCCCAGCCCACUGUGGUACAGCUCCAGGCUUCUGGGGUGCUGCCUGCCUCCCAGCCAGUCAUUGCUGUCGCUGGAGGAACCACACAACUUCACAAUCCUGUGGUGAAUGCGUUGCCUCCAGCUGUGGGAAACGGCUCAGCAAGUGGCAAAAUACCAGGGACUAAGCCCUUGCUUCAAAGCACCACACCAGCAAAGGGAGUGGAUGUCAAUGUCUUGAGAAGACAGCAGCGCAUGAUCAAAAACCGGGAGUCAGCCUUUCAGUCACGGAAGAAAAAGAAAGAAUACAUGUUGGGAUUGGAGGCAAGGCUGGAGGCAGCCUUGCUGGAGAAUGAAAAGCUCAAGAAAGAAAACAGCACACUGAAGAGGCAGCUGGAUGAAGUAGUAUUAGAGAACCAGAAACUCAAAGUAUCAUCUCCAAAGAGAAGGACCCUGUGUGUGAUGGUGAUCCUGGCUUUUAUAAUGCUAAAUUAUGGCCCACUGAGUGUAUUUGAAAAGGAUCCCAAUGGUGUUGAUUCCACUGCAAGUUCCAGCCACCGGACCAGAAAUCUUCUGGAGUUCUCAACUAGCCAGGAUUCCAGCACAGUUCAGAAAACACCCAGUGCCAUCAUUCCCGAAAAGAAUAAUAGGUAUGAUCGUUCUGUAUCUGAUAACAAAGCACUGAUGAUAGUCUCAGAAGAACCACUGUUAUACAUUUCACCACCACCACCCCCCUGUCAGCCCCUGAUCAACCGGACAGAGUCACUCAGGCUGAAUCAUGAGCUUCGAGGUUGGGUUCAUAGACAUGAAGUGGAACAAACAAGAUCUAGAAGGCUGUCAAAUAACCAACAGCAGAAAGCACGGGUUAUGCAGAGCUCCCUCAGUGAGAAGACAGAUUCCCAGCUAAUGGCCAUGCCUUACGCAGACACCAGCCUCAGCAAGAACUCAGGGAAUGAGCUGCAGGUGUAUUAUGCCUCUCCAAGGAGCUAUCAAGACUUUUUUGAAGCUAUUCACAGACGGGAGGACACAUUCUACGUGGUGUCAUUUCGCAGAGACCACCUGUUGUUGCCAGCUACCACACACAACAAGACCCGGAGACCAAAGAUGUCUAUAGUGUUACCAGCUGUUAACAUCAAUGAGAAUGUGAUCAAUGGGCAGGACUACGAGGUGAUGAUGCAGAUCGACUGUGAAGUGAUGGACACCAGGAUCCUCCACAUCAAAAGUUCCUCUGUCCCUCCCUACCUCCGAGAGCAGCGCAGAAAUCACACCAACACCUUCUACAGCGCCUCCCCCUCCGUCCCAGAGACACCCCAUGCCCUGAGGGCUAUUGUCAAAUCCCUGCAGUGA